GCCUGGGACUUCGCUGGGCCCUGUUCCGCGUGCCUGGCUGGGAACAACGUCUGCUACGACGACCCUGAGCAUGAUUCUCAGAGCCUCUGCUCGCAGUGGCCCGAGAACGUGUGGUGCGGAGAAGCGUCGCUCGUGGAGUCUCGCCGCAGCAGGCGCCGGCCGCACGCCUUCCUGGGCACGGCGCUGCUCCAGACCGUGUGCCCUCUGUCGCGCGCUUCUCCCAGCGAGGUGCUCGGGGCCUGA